AUAUAUAUUGUAUAUCUAAACAUACUUUUACAGGGGACAACAAUGGUGCUGAAUGUGGACCUACAGUGCUCAAAAUGCUACAAGAAGGUCAAGAAACUUCUCUGCAAAUUUCCUGAAAUACAAGAUCAGAAGUAUGAUGAGAAGGCAAACAAGGUGACAAUUAAGGUGGUGAGCUCCUCGCCGGAGAAGAUCAGGGACAAGUUAUGCUGCAAGGGUGGUAGAUGCAUCAAGAGCAUUGAGAUACCUCCGCCUCCGCCUCCGCCUCCGCCUAAGACUGAUCCGCCUAAGCUUGAUACUCCGGCUGAGCCAAAGCCUGUGAAAGUAUGGCCCAAUGUUCCUGUGGUGGGCAAGCCCAAUGCGUUCCGAGUGAUUGUAAAGGCUGUAGCCAAAGGCCUAUGGGCCCAUGUUCCUGUGGUGGGCAAGCCCAAUGUGUUCCGAGUGAUUGUAAAGGCUGUAGCGGAAGGCAUAGGGGCCAAUGUUCCUGUGGUGGGCAAGCCCAAUGCGUUCAGUGUCAUGGGAGACCCGUUAGCGACAGCUGGUGCGGGUAUGGAAGCGGCUGUGGAGAAACUCAACAAGACUGCCCAAUCAUGUAAAUGCUAAUAACGAGACUCUGUUUGGAAUCCAGCAAGUUAAUUUCAAUAAUAAGUAACUGUUAUUUUAUAAAUUAGAUCUAUAAUU